AUGGCUGGGUCAAAAUUAGAGAUGAAUCAGACCAGCUGUUCACAAAAGGCAACCGUAACUUUAGCAAGUGUUAUAUCAGGAUUGAGAGAGGGUGACUCCUCAGCUGUUGCAACGUACCACAAACUAUGUAGGCAGUUGGACGAGAUAGAAAACUGGCUACCCGAAAAUAUAACUGAUUUUCUGGAACAAUUUAUAAAUAUCAGUGAUAUUCUGGAUGCCAGCUGCAAAUUAAUUGUUGAAAAAUUUGCUGGGCUAGGGUGGCACGUUGUUCCUCUGCAAGUGCGAAAACGUUAUGUAAACAUGCUGCAGAAACUAGCAGUUCAUCAUGUCUGUCACACUGAAACUUUAAUUUCUUGUUUUGUUUCAAAUCUACUGCCUAAAGUACGCCCUCUUAUUGCCGAGAAAGAUGUUGGAAGUAGUGACUGUUCUACAUCUGUUCCAUGCCAGUUUGAAACGUUACUCAGCGAGGAGGAGCAACUUGAUAUAUACGAUAUGGCAUUUGAUGCCAUUAAGUUUGUUAUCAAUUGUUUUCCAAUGACUGUGCACUUGUUGGAAGAAUCUUUGCGGUGGAGAUUUCCACAUUCUUCAGCACCAUUGCCGCGAUAUGAGGCAUAUCUAAGAAAUAUACUUCUUAUUUACGAAUUUGCAGUCGAUAUUCGCAGAGAACUGUGGAAACUUUUACUGGAAAACAUAGCACAACUAGAUUCUGUUAUCUCGAAAAAAAUUGCUUCCAACAUGAGUAACCAGAACAAUUUUAAUGCGAACGAAGCCUAUGAGGUUUUUCUUUUGGAUGAGGAAAGUGAACGCUGGAAUGAGAAAUUGGCAGUAGAAAGUAUAGAGCUGGAACAGAAACUUGAUACCUGUUUAUGUCUAAUAUUUGCUCAAAUUUCUAAGAAGCAUCAUCGUGAAAUUCCACCAGAGAUUGCCCCGAUAGUGAAGUGGACUGAUAGAUGUAUGAUUCAAAAAGACAUUUACUUCCACAUUCGUGACGCUUUUGAAACAUGGUUUUUAACGUCUCCUGGAUUGAAGUGCGCUCCAUUUAUCAUGCUUUUCUUACUUAGUUUGGAUGAAAAAUAUUUGAACAAUUUCACUGGUUGGUUAUGGAAUUUUGUCCUUUCGCCUAGUCAGUCUCCAAAUGACUGGAAAAAAGCGCAUUCCGCAGCGUGUUAUUUGGGUGGCAUUUUAUCAAGAGCUAAGUUUAUUGACUUCAGGUUUUUCUUUGGAUGGCUGGAAAGAAUGGCAAAGUGGUGUAAUCACUAUGUCGAUGAGGUAGUUGGUGGUUCAGCAGCUGCCAGUGCUGGAACAUUACGACACGGCGUUUUUUAUGCUGUUUGUCAGGCAUUAUUGCUUGCCUUUUCAUUUCGUUUUAGAGAAGUAGUUAAACAAGAAGAACUUGAGAAUGUACGACAUUGGGGUCUUGGUCAUAUUAUCCAUUGCACGUUACAGCCAUUGCAGUACAUCAAUGCUACAGUUGCUCUGAACUUUGCAACCAUCAGCAGGUCACUUCAACUGGUGUAUUGCAAUCAUAUCCUUCCAGCAAAUUACGAUGAUAUCAAUAUACCGUUCGAACCUUUCUUUCCAUUUGAAAUUUUCUAUUUGAAGCGGUCAUCCUUAUUUGUGCAAAAUUUGACACUGCAGUUUUAUCCAAUAGUUGAAGAAAAUUGCGAAAGAUGGCGUCGUCGCAGUGGUCGUUACAACUCGAUAUCUUCUCAAGAUAAUUUUGAACAUGGUUCCUUGGAGUUCCUCGAGGACUUGAAACGUGAUAAAGAUCUUAUGAAUGACAGUUGUCGAGACAUAUGGCCGCUCGUACGUUCUCCAGAUUUUGAGUUCUUAUGCUCUAAACAUUCUCCAAAAGCUGGGGCGUUUACACCGUCCUCAAUCAUGGAUAUCAGUUAA